AUGAAUGAUAUUGUAGUGAAAUUACAGGAUACGAGGCAUAUCUUAGUUUUCAUAAACAGCAACGCGCACUACUUAUUCUUACUACUUACCAUCAGUUUCUUCCAUCGAUUGAAGCUACGUAAUGAUACACACUUUCACGUAAACUACAUCCACAAUGAUCUUCUCAACAUGCAGCUAGAGUCGAGGAUAUCACUGAACGACCUGCAUCUUAUAGGCACCUAUGAGAGGUCCAUGACGGAUAAGAACCCCUCCAUUCUGUACUACACGCCAACAUUUGGACAAAUCGAAUUUCUUCUAAAAGAUGUGCAGUACAAAAUGAAAGGCAGAUACCGUCUGGUACAAGAAAGACUAUUUAUUGAAUUGGUUAUAUCAGCAAUUAAAGUUGACGAUAUACUUAUGAGUUACUCCAACAAAACAACUAAAAGCCCGUCGAUAUCUUUGCAUCGCAGAAAUAUAGAACAGUUUCUAGAACGUUUGAAGGUGGAUCUCGACAAGUGGCUGCGAGACUACUUCAACGACUACCUGUUAUAUAUCGACCUGGCCGGGCCCGCAUCUAACGCAAAAUUUCAGGAAUACGAUAAGAAUAAAGCAUUAACUCUGAACGAAUACGUGGAUACCGCGCUGUCACUCAUGAAAAGACGUCUGCAGAAAUUAAAAGCAACCGCCGUAAAAUUACCAAUGUUUUCAAUAUUCUCUACCAACGGUGUGGUAAGUAAGAACUUUGAUGAUAAUAUAAAAACUAGCAGAAGGACUUAUGGGGCGGGUGAAAAUCUAGCCCUGUCUGAAGAAUACUUUAGUUUUGAAGGAACAUUGACUUGA